AUGGAAACGAAGGUUACAAGAAACUGUAUGGAAGAUUUGGCUCAGAAGUUGGGAUUUAAUAAGAUUAAUUGUGUUGGUGCAAGAGGUCUAGCGGGUGGUUCAUGUUUGAUGUGGAACAAUAGCAUUGAUAUGGUGGUCAAUUACUUUGCUGAAGGUUUUUUUGAAGCAACUGUUUGGGAUAAUCACACUCAAUCGAAUUGGAAACUUUAUGCAGUUUAUGGUACUCCAUAUAUCGGUGCGAAGGAAACCUUUUGGGAGAGUUUGGAAACAGAAAUCUCUCUCUGCCAUAUGCCAUGGGUGUUAAUAGGAGACUUAAACUGCAUUAGUAACCAAGAGGAGAAGAGUGGAGGUCGAAGGGUAACUGCAAAUGAUACAAAAUGGCUAAGUAAUUUCAUGGAAGCUUCAGGUGGUGUGGAUUUGCAAUUCAUUGGCAAUAAAUAUACCUGGCAAAACAACCGAUUUUCGGGAGGCUUAAUCCGUGAAAGACUUGAUAGAGCCAUCGUCUCUUCGGAUUGGUUGAUGGAGUAUGCUUCUGCUGGAGUUCGGAAUAUGCCUAUCUCAAUUUCAGAUCAUGCCCCAAUCAUCCUUGACACACACUUAUUUGCAUCCAGAGGAUUUAUUCCAUUCCGUUUUUUCGAGGCCUGGUCUUGGGAGGAAUCAUGUAAGCAGGAAGUUGCCUUGGCUUGGUCUUCAAGUGGUAAUGACACUGUGUCUUUUAUUCGAAAUAUUGACAAGUCAAGAAGGGCGAUCCAGGUUUGGAAGAAGACUCACACGAGUUUGAAUGAAGGAGAAAUAAAACAUCUAGAGUGCAGAUUACAAUGGAUUCAAAAUCAACCUAUUUCUGAUUUGCUCAAAGAAGAGGAAGCCCGAAUUCAUGCUCUGAUUUCAGACUCAUGGUUAAAACUAGAGAGCAUGUGGAGACAAAAAUCUAGGGAGACUUGGCUUUCUUUGGGGGACAAAAACACAAGAUUUUUUCACGCUGCAACAGUCAUAAGGAAGAGAAGAAAUAGUAUUUGGUCAAUUAAGGAUAAAGGAGGUAGAGUGUGGAAGGACAAAAAACACAUCGCGGAGAUCAUCAAUCAGCACUUCCAGGAGCUUUUCUCUUCCUCCAAUCCUUUGAUCAAUGGGGAUUUUGAUGAUCUGUUUAAUACCAGAAUUGAUUCUCAGUCGAACGAAUGCUUUGCUGCUUCUCCUUCAGAGGCAGAGAUUAGAGAAGCGGUCUUCAGUUUACACCCCCUAAAAGCCCCGGGGCCAGAUGGAUUCUCCGGAGUGUUCUAUCGCAGAUAUUGGGAUUUAGUGGGACCAAGUCUUUGUAUAACGGUAAAAGAAUUUUUUUCCACUGGUUAUAUGCACCCAAAACUGAACACUACCUUUAUUUGUCUAAUUCCAAAAGUAGAGUUUCCUUUGAGUGUGGAUCAAUUUAGACCGAUAAGCCUUUGCAAUUUCUCUUACAAAGUAAUUGCAAAGAUUUUAUCCAAUAGAUUGAGACCUCUAAUGAAUAGUCUGGUAUCCCCUUUCCAAUCUGCCUUUAUCCCUGGGAGGUGGAUUGCUGAAUCCUCAAUCCUUACACAAGAACUAGUUCACAAGAUUCGUCAAAAGAGGGGGGUGGGGGGGCUUAUGGCUUUGAAGCUAGAUAUGCACAAGGCUUACGAUAAAAUGGAAUGGAGCUUCCUCGAUAAAGUUCUUUGUGCAAAUGGUUUUAAUGAUCGGUGUAGGAAGCUUUUGAUGGCGUGUGUUACAAGUGUCUCAUACUCGGUUCUUCUAAAUGGCAGCCCUCUUAAAAAGAUCUCUCCUCAGAGAGGACUUCGUCAAGGGGACCCGAUCUCUCCUUUCCUUUUUCUACUUUGUCAGGAGGUCCUUUCCAAAAUUAUUUGCAAAGCGGAAGAGAGGGGAGCCAUCCAUGGUAUUAAAAUAGCUCAUUCAGCCCCUCCGGUAUCUCACCUCAUGUUUGCCGACGACACAAUCCUCUUUGCCCGAGCCAAUGAAAAGGAAGCAAAAAAACUAAUGGAGUGUAUCUCCCUGUAUGAAAAUUGGUCGGGUCAAUCUUGUAGUAAGCCAAAGUCGAGUGUCUUAUUCUCCAGAAAUUUGUCGUCUCAAAGAAAGGAGCAGAUUUUGGGUAAUUUGAACAUUGAUCAAGUGCGUGGAGAUGAGAGACAUCUAGGCAACCCGUUUGUCUUUAAAAGAAGAAAGAAGGAGGAUUACUUUCGGCUAAAAGAAAGCUUGAUGAAGAAGUUGGAAGGAUGGAAGAUGAAACUCCUCUCUUAUGCAGGGCGAUUAACCUUAAUCAAGAGUGUGACUUCAGCCAUACCUAUCUAUGCAAUGUCAACCUCAAGGAUCCCUCUUUCCAGCUGUCGCGAACUAGACGCUUUGAUGCGGAAAUUUUGGUGGCUUGGAAAGGUAGACAAGAAUAGAUUCUUGGCUCUCAAGGCUUGGGAUCAAGUUUGCCAACCUAAGAUAUCGGGAGGCUUGGGAAUAAGAAGAUGCGAGGAUAUGAAUAAGGCUCUGGUGGCUAAACUUGCGUGGAAUCUUGCCUCACAUGAGGAUAGGCCUUGGGUGAAUUGUUUGCUUAAAAAAUACUGUAAUCAUGAAAGCUUUUGGAGUGUCAAGAAGAAAAGCAAUGACUCCUUUCAAUGGAAAUGUAUUCUGGACAGUAGAGAUACAAUUCUCAAAGGGACUAUCACAGUUGCGGCAUCAGGUCGUUCCAUUAGCUUUUGGCACCAACCAUGGAUUCCAUGGAUGGAGUAUCAUGAGUUUGCAAGUUUGAUGAACAGCCUAAGGGGCAGAGGUUACACUAUAAAGACCCUGGAAGAUGUUUCAAUUGAGAACAAGUGGAAUGAGGAACUUAUUGAGCAGGUAUUUGGCCAUGAAUUGGGGACUCGGAUCAGUAACAUCCCUAGAAUCCCUUCCCCUUUUUCUGAUCAGGUUUUUUGGAAGAGCAAUCAAGUUGGAAAAUUUUCUGUCAAAGAAGCUUACCGUGUGGACAAUGCAUCAAGGUUUGGCAUAGGAAAAAACUUGUGGAAAUGGAUUUGGGGAAAUGGAGUUCACCCAAGAGUUUCAGUGAUGCUCUGGCGUGUCUUGAAUGAAGCAAUCCCAACAAAAAACCGACUACCUUUUCUCAAUGACAAAUUCUGCAAUCUGUGUGAUACUGAAGUGGAGAGUGCUUUUCACUUAUUCUGGCAGUGUAGUUUCUCUAGAGCAAUCUGGUUUGGUGGAAUUUUUUCCAUUAGAACAGAAUGUUUUAGUGAUGAUAACUUGAUCAAUUUGUUUGAAAAAGUGCUAGAUCUCCAAGGAUCUGCUCACAGGUUUGAUUUGCUCAACUAUGUUGGAUGUGUUUUUACUGAAAUUUGGCAUCAAAGGAAUGCUCUUUGCAUUCGAAAUACAGCAGCCAAUACUACCGUGGCCCUGCACAAAAUUGGAACCAGGUUUUUUGAACUUCAGAAUAUAUCCAACAACCUAGGAAGGACUGAGUUGACCAUGACAAAUCCAGUCCCUUUGAACACAGCAGCAAGAAGCUCUAGUGCAGAUUACAGGUGUUCUUCUAAUGUUGUUUUUUCUGAUGCUUCUUGGACUAGGGAGAAUGCAGGAAUAGCAGCUGUAUGUGUUGAUACUCACAAUGGAAGUUGGUCAAUUCAAUCCCAGAAAAUUAAGGCACUUUCGGCUUUAGAAGCAGAAUUUCAGGCCAUCUCCCUUGCUCUGUCCCGAGCUGCUGAACUGGGAUGGCAAGAAGUUCACCUCCUCUCUGAUUCAAGCAUUGCUAUCAAAGCCCUUUCUAGCUCAGGGGGUUGCCCAGAUUGGAAGUUUGCAAACGUUUUUUACUCAAUUAUAAACUUGUCAAGAAAAUUCCUGAAUUGUCACUUCUUUUAUAUUAACCGUAGCCUUAAUGUAGUAGCGGAUGGUGCAGCCAAAAAUGCUAGAAUUGCUAGCGAGUCGGCUUUUUUGUAUCAAGGGGAGGGUAAUCCCCCAGUGAUUCCCAUCUAUUUUCCUUAA